CAAAGGUAGAUGCUCAACUAGAAAGUAGCUCAUGGAAACAAACAUUGGAGAAUAAAAUUGAUGCAAUGAGUGAGCGCACAAAGAUUCUGGAGGAUAUAAUUUUAAAGAUGAGCCAAAAUGGGAAUGGUGGUGGUGGUGGUGGUGAUGGUGAAAAUAUGCAUGCUGAUUCUGUUGGUACUCCACAAAAUGGGCAUGGACAUGGUGAAGGAAGUAUGAACCUUGGUACUGGAAAUUCUAAGUCAGAACAAGAUAGCACCCAACUUUCUAUUAACGAUAAGUGCAAGUUGCUAAACUGGGAGGGCACAAGUGAAGUAGUGGCUAGAGGAUACAUUUCUGAUAUUAACCCUGAAUCAAAAGUGCAUGGCUACAAACUUGGACCUGACUGUUAUAGAAUUGCUAUUGAGGAAGUUGUCAUGUCUGAUGCUGAAUUUUAUCGAAGUCAGCCGGAAUUUGUGACUAUGGAAGAUGCACUUGGAAGUACUGUUGCUUGGCCGAUUAAGUACAUUGUCUGUGACAAUUGAAAUUGUAUCUGCAACUAGUUCUUUUUUUUUUUUUUGUACUUUGAAUUGAAAUAGUAU